AUUUGUGAUCAUUCGUCGGGAGAAGCUUAUCCAGGAACAUAUGGCAAAGCUUAGAACUAAUGUCCGACCUAUAGAUGUGGAUGCAGAAUGUCUGCGUUGGACACCUGUUAUAGUUUCCAACUCAGUUGUCUCUGAAGAUGAAGAGGAGGAGACAGAGGAUGGGGAAAAUGAAGAGCAACAACAGCAGAAUGAAAAGGAUCCAGAGGCCAGUAUGGUAAAAUCUGUGUCAUGGGAAAAGAAAGAGCAAGAGCCAUACUCACCUCCAGAGAGUGAAAAAAAGCCAGACAUUGUUGCUCCAGCCAAUUCUGCACGGCCAAACAAGCACAUUUUUCCCCUGGAUAGUCUUCCUGCAAACAGUCAGCCAUCACGAAGAGGUCGAUGGAACCGCAAGGGCAAAAAACUUCGGGAGCCCUUUUGUGAGAAGGAGUCGAUACUGGCCAUCGAGGACAAAACAGCAGUUCCCAGUGGGCGAUGCAGUGAAUGUGAGGAGAAAUCAGCCGCCUCCCGAGGCCGGUGCAGUGACUGUGAGGAGAAGUCAGCAGCCUUGCAAGGAAGAUGCGGUGAAUGUGAGGAGAAGUCUCCAGCCUCAAGAGGCCGGUAUGCUGAAGAUGAGGAAAAAUCUGCCGUUCCCCAGGGACAGUAUGGCAAAGGUGAAAAAUGUGCAAUUCCCCGUCGGCGGUACAGCGAAGGUAUGGAAAAGUGGAGAGGACAGUUGAAAAAGAACACAGAGCCACUGAAGUGUAGAUUCCCAGAGGACUGCGACCGAUUGCCUCGCCGCUACAGUGAUAGCGAUAGGGCACUUCUGAGGUGUUUUAGUGAGAGUAGUGAAGAGGAAGAUGAUGAGCCGCUGAGUCCUCGAUCAAGCUCUCCACCUGUUCUCACCAAGCCAACAUUAAAACGAAAGAAACCAAUUCUUCACCGGAAGAGGCGAGUCCGCAAGCGUAAGCACCACAACAGCAGUGUUGUCACUGAAACAAUCUCAGAGACUACGGAAGUGCUGGAUGAACCAUUUGAGGACUCAGACUCUGAGCGACCAAUGCCACGAUUAGAGCCUACAUUUGAGAUUGAAGAGGAGGAAGAGGAGGAGGAGGACGAAGAGGAGGAGAAUGAACUUUUGCCCAGUGGAUACUUUCGGCACUUAGCCCCACCAGACACACUCAGGCAUAGACCCUCUUCUAAGAGGAAGUCCAAAGAUGAGGAGGAGUCUGAUGACAAUAAUGGUAACCCAACUUUGAAACCAUUAUCUAUGCUGAGAAAAUGUGAAGCAAAGGAUUCUUCACUUGAGCCAGAUACUUCUACACCCAUGAAAAAGAAGAAGGGAUGGCCAAAAGGGAAAAGCCGAAAACCAGUCCACUGGAAGAAAAGACCUGGUCGAAAACCAGGUUUCAAACUGAACCGAGAAAAGGUGACACCAUCAGUUCAGGAUGAAGAAGUUGAUGCAGCGGUAGCUAAUUCAAAACCGGGGCGUAAGCCCAAAAUUUCAGAUAAAGAAGAAAGUGUCGAGCAGAAAGAAGCACUGCCUCUUAUUGAGGAAAGGAAAGAGAAAGAUGUGAAUAUGGAAGCAGAAGAGGUAGGAGAGGGAGAAGAGGAAGAUAUAGCCAGCAGUGAAGUAAGAGCAGUUUCUCCUGUGGACAGCAACAGCAGUCCAGUGCCAGAAGUGAAAGAGCCUGAGAUAGAAGAGGAGGUAGAGGAGAAGCCACGGGUUCUAGAAGAGCAAAGGCAUUCAGAAGAAGAACAGCAAGAACUAGAUGAAACUGAGCAUGACCAUGAGGAAGAAGAGGAAGUUGCAGUAGUGACAAAUCAAAAUGAAGAUCAUGAUGCUGAUGACGAAGAUGAUGGUCAUCUGGAGUCUGUGAAGAAAAAGGAAUUGGAGGAACAGCCUGUUAGAGAAGGGGUGAAGGAGGAGCCUCAGGUGCAAGAGUGUUUUUUAGAAACAAGUAUACCCAGCAGUAGAGAAGAUGCAAAAGAAAAAGAUGAAGCAGAGGCAGAUUCUGAGGAAGAGCAGGCUUCCCAUGAGACAUCGGUGGGCUCAGAGCACGUCCCUGGGUCUGAAGAUGAUCACGAAGAAGAGCAAAAUAAUAAAGAAGGGUUAAUUGAAUUAAAGGAAGAGGAAGAGAUUCCUCAUAGUGAACUAGAUCUUGAAACUGUUCAAGCAGUCCAGUCCUUGACACAGGAGGAAAGCAAUGAGCAUGAUGUAGCUUACCAGGACUGUGAAGAAACUCUAGCAGCUUGUCAGACUUUGCAGAGUUACACUCAGACUGAGGAGGAUCCUCAGAUAUCAAUGGUUGAAGAUUGCCAGGCCUCAGAACAUAACAGUCCGAUAUCCUCUGUUCAGUCCCACCCCAGCCAGUCUGUACGGUCAGUCAGCAGCCCAAACGUGCCUGCUCUGGAGAGCGGUUACACCCAGAUAAGUCCUGAACAAGGAUCCCUGUCCGCACCCUCUAUGCAGAACAUGGAGACCAGCCCCAUGAUGGAUGUGCCUUCAGUAUCGGACCACUCUCAGCAGGUGGUGGAUAGUGGCUUCAGUGACCUUGGCAGCAUUGAGAGCACUACAGAGAAUUAUGAAAACCCCAGCAGCUAUGAUUCCACUAUGGGAGGCAGCAUUUGUGGAAAUAACUCUUCCCAGAGCAGCUGUUCAUAUGGAGGACUGUCCUCUUCCAGCAGCCUCACUCAGAACAGUUGUGUUGUCACUCAGCAAAUGGCAAACAUUGGCAGCAGUUGCAGCCUGAUGCAGCAAAACACUGUCCAGCCUGCAGCAAACUGCAAUAUCAAGUCACCUCAGAGCUGUGUAGUAGAAAGGCCUCCAAGUAACCAGCAACCAACAACACAGCCACAACAGCAACAGCCUCAGUCACAGCAGCCACAGCCCCCACCUCCACCCCAGCAGCAGCCUCCACUGUCUCAGUGUAGCAUGAACAACAGCUUCACCCCAGCACCUAUGAUCAUGGAAAUACCUGAAUCAGGAAGCACUGGUAACAUAAGUAUCUAUGAGAGGAUUCCAGGGGAUUUUGGUGCUGGGAGUUAUUCACAACCAUCAGCCACGUUCAGUUUAGCCAAGUUGCAGCAGCUGACAAACACCAUUAUGGACCCUCAUGCCAUGCCUUAUAGCCAUUCUCCUGCUGUGACGUCCUAUGCAACCAGCGUUUCUCUGUCCAACACAGGACUGGCACAGUUGGCUCCCUCCCACCCGUUAGCAGGCACACCACAAGCACAAGCCACUAUGACACCCCCACCAAACCUGGCGUCCACCACCAUGAACCUCACGUCACCUCUGCUUCAGUGUAAUAUGUCUGCUACCAAUAUUGGUAUUCCACAUACGCAGAGGCUGCAGGGGCAGAUGCCAGUCAAGGGGCACAUUUCCAUUCGCUCUAAAUCAGCACCGCUGCCCUCUGCAACUGCACACCAGCAGCAGCUCUAUGGCCGCAGCCCACCCGCAGUUGCCAUGCAGGCUGGUCCUCGCACGUUAGCUGUUCAACGGGGCAUGAACAUGGGAGUCAACCUAAUGCCAACCACCCCGUACAAUGUUAAUUCCAUGAAUAUGAACACCCUGAAUGCCAUGAACAGCUACAGAAUGACACAGCCUAUGAUGAACAGCAGUUACCAUAGUAACCCUGCAUACAUGAACCAGACAGCACAGUAUCCUAUGCAGAUGCAGAUGGGAAUGAUGGGGAGCCAGGCCUAUACCCAGCAGCCUAUGCAGCCAAAUCCUCAUGGAAACAUGAUGUACACUGGCCCCUCCCAUCACAGCUACAUGAAUGCUGCUGGGGUGCCCAAGCAGUCUCUCAAUGGACCAUACAUGAGAAGAUGAGCAAGAUGAACUUGCAUCCUAAAAACUGAAAUAUAUAUAAAUAAAGGAACCUUUUAUACUGACGAGCCAGAGAAAAUGGACCUUUUUUCAGUUAAAAUAUUGCUGUAGAUUUAGAGGGAUUUUCUUUGGUUUAUUUUAUUUUUUAGGAAGCCUGUUCUUUAUUUUUUGGAUUCUUUUUGUUUGUUUGUUUUGCGUUCUUGUUUUCUUCACAAUCCUGAAACAUUUUACAGCUAAAAUCAUUUACAGAUGUUUUUUAGCAGGGAAAACAUGCACAAAAUCUUUUCAUAAUUUAAAAAGAGCCUUACUUUGCUGACAAUGUGGACAGAAUAUGUGUAACAGUGAAGUCAUCUUUCUAAAUUUUUUUUUAAAUGUAUGUCCUUCUCCCUCCCCUGUGCCCCUCUGUAUGCAGUUUCUAGUGCUGCAGUCAUGUAAAAUGGUGGACAUGUCAAAGAAUAACAACCCUUCCCUCAAAACCCCACCUAGCAUUUCCUAAUUCUAGCAGGAGGCACUUACUGGGAGACUUGGAAGGGGACACAGAGGAUAAAUGAAGCUCUUUAUUUCUGCAAGUCAGGAAAAAUUUUUAAUCUUUAAUUUUUCCCUGACUCCCUCGCCCUCGGUAAAAUUUGGCGUUACGUGUAAACAAUAAGCUAUUCACAAUGGUGUGUUUGUAGAUGAGUUAAUUGAAAUUGUAUGUUUCAUGC